AUGCCACCCAAUUCACCUCCUAUGCUUUAUGCUCUAGCUAAAACGACGCUGCAGGGGAAACUGCAAAACGCCAUCAAGCUCGAGAACCUCAAGACGCAUGCCGAGGCCUUCUCUGAUAUCGCCUAUGACUCCGAGUACUUCCGCCUGGCUGGGUCCGUUGGGUACAACAGGACCGCCGAUUACGUGGUUGAGAACCUCGAAGCUCUGGGCGACUACUACGAUGUCGAACGUCAAACCUAUGCUGAUGUUGUUGAGUUCUUCAACGAGGGCGCUGUGACUAUCGAUGGCGAAGAGGUGGAGUCUCAGACGUUCCAGUUCUCCAAGAACGCCACACUUGAGGGGCUCGAACUGAUCUGGGUCAAUGCCUAUGGAUGUAAUGGAACGCAAGACUUUCCUCCUGAGAUCGAGGGCAACAUCGGCCUCAUCUCGAGAGGUCCCCAAGGCGGCUCCUGCUCGUUUGCCCUCAAGUCAGCCAACGCCGGUGCUGCUGGGGCUGCGGCUCUAGUCAUCUUUGAUUACGUCCCGGGAGCGCCCCCCAUCAACGGCGUGCUCUCCUACGAAGACCUGCCGGAGGGCCCCACCGUCCCGACAUCAGGCAUCUCAAACGAACUCGGACUGGCAUUGUCAGCCAGGCUUCAAGAUGGCGAGGAAAUCAUAGUCGAUAGCUUCUACACUGCCACUGCUGGAGACAUCUGGUACAGUGAUAACAUUAUCGCAACUACGACCAGGGGCGACCCCGACAACAUUCUCUUCGUAGGCGCUCAUUUGGACAGCGUUGCCGAGGGCCCAGGCAUCAACGACAACGGAAGCGGCAGCAUCGCGAUCCUCGAGGUUGCCCGUCAGCUCGCUCGUUAUGUGACCAAUUCAACCAUCCGUUUCGGCUGGUGGACGGCCGAGGAGUCGGGCCUGCUUGGGUCGACAUACUACGUCGCCACGGCCGAGCAAGAAGAACUCGACAAGGUCAGACUCUACCUCAACUUCGACAUGGUCGGGUCCGGCAACGGAAUCCUUGCCGUUUACGAUGGUGACGGAAGUGCCUUUGGGCUUUCAGGCCCACCUGGCUCUGCCGAGGCCGAGGCCCUGUUUGAAGAUUACUUCGCAUCGCAGGACCUUCCUCUGCUGCCCACUGAGUUCUCCGGCCGGUCAGACUACGGUCCGUUUCUAGAUGUGGGCAUUCCCUCUGGCGGUCUGUUUACUGGUGCCGACGAGAUCAAGACCGAGGAGGAGGUUGCGUUGUUCGGAGGAAUUGCUGGCAUUAUUCAUGACCCGAACUAUCACACCCAAUACGACACCAUUGGCAACAUGAGUUACGAAUUCCUGGAGAUCAAUACCAAGGCCAUCGCUCAUGCCGUCGCGCUGUACGGCACCAGCUUUGACGGCUUCCCCGAACGGGAAUCCGGCGGCCUUCGAACCCGCACGACGCGGAAGGUCGGCCGACUCGGGGCCUGCUCCAGUCGAGCGAUCAAUACGGGUCACUUCAAGGCGUGCAACUUUGCAUGA